CGAAAUCCAUCCAAUACCCGCAGUGCCAUUUCUAAACUGUAUUCCCUACUGUGUCCUCCAACUGUUGUAUGUUCUGUCAAUCGCUUGAGGACUGAGUGGGAAAAGGAACAAGCAGAGUUAGAGGCAGGACAAAAGAAGUUAUAUAGUUCGCUUAUAUACAUAUAUUUUAAUGUUUUAGAAAAGCGUGAUGGUGGGGGAGAAACAAUAGCGGUGGAUGGACUUGACAGUGUAGUUAUGGAGCCCCCUUUGAGCAAGAGGAAUCCGGCGAUAAGAUUAGCGGAUUUGGCAGCGACUCAACCUCUUCCUCAUCAGAAUAUGACAGGCUUCCCGGGGCUAGGGGUGCAUCACCCUCACUCCCACCAUGCCCACCACCACCCUGGGGAGAUGGGCAACGACCCCGGAGUGGCACUCACUCCAUUUGGACCCGAGCACAUGGCACAGACAAACGCUCUCAAACUUAGCCCCUCUCAGCACAUUCAGAGCCAUCACGAAGCCCAGACCGCUGCAACGGCAGCAUCCUUCACUUCUGCUCAGACCACAGUAGGUUUCCCCGUGGCUCCUCACCCCCACUCAGGCUACUCUAGCAGCAGGGACUACAUCCUCAGGAGAGAACUCUCAGCCUCGGCUAUGCAUGCACUUGGCGACCAGCAUAGUUCCGCCUCCUCCCCUCAUCACCAUGGCAUGUUCAUCGCACCAACAGGUGCUUAUGGGCACGCCGAGACUGGUGCCCAUCCACUUUUCUCUGGACUCCACGACCAAGCGGCCCCAGGUGCCCACCACCACCACCACCACCAUGCCCUCAACGGGCAGAUGCGUCUGGGUCUACCGGGGGACAUCUACGGCAGGCCAGAGCACUUUGGUCACAGGCCCGAGCACUAUGGACCCUCUUCUAUCCACAGCUACAACUCCAUGAACCUCAAUGUGAACAUCGCUUCUGCUCCUCACGGAGCCGCGGGGGCAUUUCUGAGAUACAUGAGGCAGCCCAUCAAGCAAGAGUUAAUCUGCAAAUGGAUUGAACAGGAUGAAACUUCAAAGAAGCCCUGCUCCAAAACGUACAGCACCAUGCACGAGCUGGUCAACCAUGUCACGGUGGAGCACGUCGGGGGACCGGAGCAAGCCAGUCAUGUCUGCUUCUGGGAGGAAUGUCCGCGGGAGGGGAAAGCUUUUAAGGCGAAAUACAAACUGAUAAACCACAUCCGAGUUCACACGGGAGAGAAACCAUUCCCCUGCCCUUUCCCCGGCUGCGGAAAAGUUUUCGCUCGCUCGGAAAAUCUAAAGAUUCACAAAAGGACACACACAGGGGAGAAGCCUUUCAAGUGCGAGUUUGAUGGCUGCGACAGGAAAUUCGCCAACAGCAGCGACCGGAAGAAGCACUCACACGUCCACACGAGUGACAAGCCUUACUACUGCAAAGUCAGAGGCUGUGACAAGUCCUACACGCACCCCAGCUCGCUGCGAAAGCACAUGAAAGUCCACUGCAAGUCGCCCCCGCCCCCUUCUGCCAACGCUUCAUACCAUUCCUCUACGAACCCUCUUGGCGCUCCCCUUUCGCCCGCUUCCGAACCGCACAGGAACCGGUCCGCGAACCUGUCGCCUCAGGUUACCAACCUCAAUGAGUGGUACGUGUGCCAGGGGAGCGGGGGACCCAACCAUCUCCACACCCCCUCCAGCGAUGUGCCAACUUCGGACUCGGACGAAGAGGACUCUUUCAGAAAUUCAGACCCCAGGACAAUGCUCUAAUGUUUACAAACAUAACAAAUUGCGUUUAUUCCCCAAAUUAUCUCCCAAAUGGUUAGAAGUGUAGUAAGAACUACCUGCAUGGGGACUGUACUGACUGUAAGCAUAUAAGUGGGACUUUAUGGAGCAAGAAAUAGCGCUGCGGAUGUCAGAUGAUGAUGAAGAACAACAGCCAAUAAAACGUGCCCUCUCUGUUCGCUUUCUAAAGAGCCGAAUGUAUCACCAUCUCAACAAGUCUCAAUAUAGAAAAGCUACAAUCACCAGUAUUAUUUGAGAAAAGGAAAUCAUAUUCAUUUUGAAAGCUUUAUUAUUUAAAUAGGCUAUAGAGAGGACCAAGAGAAGCCUAAAUAUACUGAGAACAGAAAUACAAUGUCACCAGUAAGGAUAAGUCUUUGAGAAAACACAUGCAUACAUAUGCAGGCUACAUUUACAUGCCUGCAUCGUUUAACACGGAUGAAUUAUGCUUACAUUGACAAUGUCCAUAUGAUCGCAAUCCCUGGCAAUGUAACCUGUUUUAUUAAUCAAUGUUCAAUCCUAGACACAAGGCAGAAAUAGACGUUGCUCAUGCAAAGUACAUGAACCUUAUCAACAGCCCAUGAACACUAUAAUAAUGUCUAAACAUCCAAGAAUGGGGGAGUGGCAUUCCAUUUUUCUUACGUAUAUCUCACAGUAGAUGCGAGAACUAAUGUAGUCUAAACAUCCAAUUGAAUAUCGAACACCUGCAGAUAGCGACAGACAUUCGCACCCACAUGAUAGUAUUGCUAAGACGCAAGUGUCUUAAAGGGUCCAAACUUAGUUUUAAGAUUUAAGACCAUGUUUGGAUGGACUUUUGUUAUAUUUAAGAACAAUUUAAGACUAUAUUUUAUGCAAAAAAACACACCACUUUUACACAAUUUAAAGAGUACGAAUAAGUCCUUCGGGACCCUAAAUAUGUAAACUGACAGGUUUUGUCAAUGACGGUCGGAUUUGUAUAUAAUUGUACUGAUGCUCGUGAAUGUUGUUCUUAGUCUUAAUUACGAAUAAUAUGUUGUUUUGUACAUUGUAAUUUAUUUGCUGGUAUAAAUGUUGUACUGGAUUUACAGAGACACCAAAGAAUAAUAAUAUUAAUUUUGGUGAAUAUGUAAUAGACCUACUGAUGGUUUUGUUCUGUAAAAGAAAAAUAAUUAUUCUUUACUUGAAUAGGCAGUGUAUUGUGAAACGUUCCUCUUCUCGCAUGCCCUUUGUAGUGACUGUGUUUUUCUAUUUGGGGUGCAUGGUGCCAUUAUUUACGAUGGAUAAAAAGUGAUGAUGAAACAGC